GGAAGUUAAAAAUGAGUUUCAUCACAAAAUUAACGUGUUCCUUAAAUUUAUUAAAAUUAAAUAAUUAUACGCAAUAUUCGAGUGCGUUAAUUAGGAAUAUAGCAACAACGAGUGCUCGUUAUGCUGAUGAGCAAGAAAAACCACUGCCACCAAAUCCAAAUCAAAAGAAUUUAGAUGAAUCAGAGAUUGAUCGAACGAAAAUAAUUCCAGUAGAAACAUCUAUUCGCUAUUUAAAGAGUUCAGCAUAUAAAGAGACAUACGGAGAAGAGGCUGUUUGGGUUCCAUAUAAGCGAAAUUACAAAGGUUUAUUUCCACCAAGAAAAACACGUAAAACUUGCAUUAGAAGCGGUAAGUUAUCAACAGGAAAUCCAUGUCCAGUGUGUCGUGAUGAAUACCUUGUUCUUCACGAAGAAAAUACUGAAUUAUUAAAUCAGUUCAUUUCACAGCAAACGGGAAAGGUAAUAAGCUCGUCAAAGACAGGUCUAUGUCAAAAGAAGCAUCUUCAGCUUUUAGUAUCAGUAGAAAGGGCAAAGGAUCGUGGUUUAUUAACAUAUGACGUCCCAUUUAGAGACUACUCAGAGUAUUAUGAUGAGUACAAGUCAAAGCAAUAGACAAGACAAGACAGAAAUCAAUCAAAAUGAAUGUACUUUUCUAAUUAUUGGAGGAGGAAUCGCAGGAGUAUCAUGUGCUGAAACAAUCAACUUUUUAUUGCCAGGAGAGAAAAUCAUCCUUUUAACAGAAUCAUCAUUAAUUAAAUCCGUAACUAAUCUUGUACAGUUGGGGAAGUUUUCGCAAAGAUUUGAUAUCCAGGAAAUUAUAUCGAAAGACUUUGAGAAGCCAAAUAUUAAAAUUAUAACUGAUGAAUUAGCAAUUAUUAAGAGUAAGACGAAAGAAGCAAUAACAAAAGGUGGUCUGAAAAUAAACUACAACUUAAUGUGCAUUUGCACUGGAUCUCGCCCAAAGCUUGUAAACUUUUCUGAUAAUGUUAAAAGCUAUAUUAUUGGGAUCCGUGAUACAGAUUCAGUCAAAGAAUUUCAAAAGAGAAUUAAAACAAGCAAGAGAUUUGGUUUAAUAGGAAACGGCGGAAUUGCAUCAGAAAUAAUUUAUGAAAUCGGCAAUAUUGAAAUUGAAUGGAUAAUAAAAGAUCAGCACAUAUCGUCAACGUUUAUAGAUCAAGGAGCAGCAAAAUUUUUCGAGUCACGUCUUAAUAAUAAAAAUUCUCCGAAUAAUAAAAUGAUUGUAAAGCGAAUGAGAUAUAUGGAAGAACGUGAAACAUCCGAGAGUUUAAAACGAGGUGCUGCAUUGGGACCUGAUUGGCAUCGUCUUAUUGAUAUGAAAGGAAAUUUGAGCUCGUCACCUGAAAACAUAAAAGUUCAUUAUAAUGCCGAAGUUAAAAGCAUUGGUUUAUGUACAGACAACAAUUUUCCUGUGUGCAUUGAACUAGCUAAUGAUGAAAAAGUUUUCUGUGACUUUGUCGUUUCUGCAACUGGCGUUGAACCUUUUAAGACAUUUAAUUUUGAGAACGAAGUUAUUAAGUUGAGUGAUGAUGGAGGCAUAUUUGUUGACGAUUUAAUGAAAACUUCUAUUGACUCAAUUUUUGCUGCUGGAGAUGUCUGCCAUGCUGGUUGGGAACAUUCGAAAUAUUGGCAUCAAAUGCGUCUAUGGACUCAAGCACGUCAAAUGGGAAUGAUGGCUGGAAAAAGUAUGGUUGCAAAGCUCAACAAUGAGGAAAUUUAUCAAGACUUUUGCUUUGAACUAUUCAGUCAUGUCACAAAACUUUAUGGCUAUCAAGUUGUUUUACUGGGACGAUAUAAUGGUCAAGGACUUGAAGAUGAUUAUGAGCUUUUAUUCCGCAUUACACCAGAUAAAGAAUACAUUAAGUUUGUACUUAAAAAUGGAUGUCUUGUUGGAGCUUUAUUGAUUGGUGAAACUGGACUCGAAGAAACUUGCGAAAAUCUCAUCCUUAAUCAAAUAGACUUGACGCCUUUUGGAGAUGAUAUCCUUAAUCCGAAUAUUGAUAUUGAAGAUUAUUUUGAUUGAUUUCUAAUAAAAUGCACUAGUAUCUUUUAAUUGUA